AUGGAAUUAGAAAUGAAACAUAUGGAACUGAAAGCUGGGGACAAGCUGAAAAUAAAAGGCAUGGUUCUGCAUGACGCUGACAGAUUCCAGAUUGACCUCGGCUGGGAUGAGGAGGAUUUAGCUCUGCAUUUUAAUCCUCGUUUCAAUGAUGAUCUCGAUGGAAACGUUUUUGUGUGUAACUCUAAGAUGGCUGGCUGCUGGGGCGAUGAGAAGCGGGAAGUGAACUGCACUCUGCACAAAGGGGCUGAAGCCAAGAUCGUGGUGACGUUUACUGGGGACAUGUUUGAGGUGGAGCUGCCCGAUGAACAACAAGUGCACUUCCCGAACCGCGAGGACAUGGACGUCAUCAAGUACUUGAGAAUCAGAGGGGAUUUCAAACUGACCUCCUUCAAGAUCUGCUAG